AUGUCCGUAUCCACGAGGAACCCACCUCAACGCCGGCGCUCUCUGGGUCCCGUCUCGCCAAAACGCAUCUAUAGAAACCUGUCUGUCAGGCUGAGGGGAGGGGAGUCUGUUGCCGUGGAGAUAGGCACGCCCAAACGCACCUGCAAGGCUGCAGAAGCUUACAAGAGCCUGUGGGAGGCGGUGGAGAACGAGGACACGUUGGCUGUGCAGAGCCUUUUGUCCAAAGACCGUGCCAGCUGUGGAGGAGGAGGAAGCUUGUGGGAGAGAGGAGACAAGAAAGAGAAGGACUGGGAGAGAGAUAAAGAGAAAGGGGUGAACAGAGUGAGCGAGCAGGGUUUGGUUCCCCUGGAUGUGGCGGCACUUACCCACAAUUCCCCUCUGCUUCAUGUGCUGACAAAAGCAGGAGCCAGACAUAACCCUGUUUUGUGCCACCCAGUGGAGUGGGCGCCCAAGCUGGACGCUCUGGUGACCCUGGCGAGCAAACGAGUGGAAGAGUGGAAGUUGGAGCUAGCUCAGAAAGCAGCAGCCGGACCCCAGGCCAAGGCAGACGUCCAAAGACAUGUCCACCUCUGGAGACUCAGGCUGCAGCUGUACUGCCGAAUGAGGGAGAACUUCCAGAACACAGAGCUCCCUGGUCCUCCCAGCCAUGUGUCCUUACUGGUAACCAGCACAUCAUCUCUUUGUGUGCUGAUCAAGGAUCCAGAGGGUGACACCACGGGGCUCAUCACCUGCUACAGAGUGGAAUGGAGCGCCUCAGCCAACUUUAAGCACAUCCUUGGUUCAGCACACGUUACACAGACCAAGAACCCCUCCCACAUCAUCAAGGAUCUGACUGCAGGCGAGCGUUACUUUGUAAGAGUGAGCGCCUACAACGUGAAAGGAUGGGGCCCGCCUCAGUGCUCGACUCCGGUCAGCGUCGCCCCCUCGAGCUGGAGAGAGUGCACUGGUGUAAAGUCACAGCCCAGGAACCACCAGGGUCUGGUGAGGAAACUGCUGGAAGAUGCCAAAGAGUCACAGUACAGAGGAUAUUCCAUAGAGACCCUCAAGACACAGAGUCCUGGCAAGCGUCUGUCGGUGUCUCGGGGCAUCAAACAGCUCUUCCAGUCCGCCACCAAGUUUGUUCGCCUUCUACAAAGGGGUGUGUAUUUGGCCACCAUAUUUUACCACAAGGAGAACAUCCUGGUGACAGCUGAAGAUCAGAUCCCACUAGUGGAGAUCCAGUGCUGUUCCAACUCCAUCACCCAGGACUUCCUGUGGUUUGCCAAGUUGUCGUGUGCAUGGCAGCAGGUGCCCUGGCUUCAGCAGGCCCUCUCCUCAGCUCACUCCUCUCCCUCCUCCCUCCUCCAAAACAGACACAACAUCUUGAGAGCUGUUUCCCAGCUGCAGUCUUCUCUAGGAACGAUGGACCUGGGUCAGGUCUACUACGAACCACUGAAGGACCGGCAGGGCAACGUACUACUGCUGACUUUGAGGGAAUUCUCAAUUCCUCCCAUGUGAGAAAAAAAUAUUUUCUUACAGCCUCCUAUUCACCUCCUUCCUGCUGCCACAUUGGAAUCAAGAACUUCAACAAGUUUAUUGUCUCCUGUGGCAUAUGAUUUGCAACUGCAGGACAAGAUGUCCUUCCACCGGCACAGCGUUCAGCUGGAGCAGCCAGGUCUGUAUGUGGGCAUCCUAAAACUGUGCAGCUCAGUAGAUCAGAUCCGGGUCCUGGUGCCUCAGAGGCUGCCCAACCUGCUCUGCCACACGCGGGUCCGACACAACGCCCAUGUGACCAGAGAGGAGUGGACUUUGCUGCAGAGCCACGUUUACCCAGCACACAACAGCAGCGUUCACAACCAGCUGAGCGGCGAGGACGAGAGCUCCAUGGAGAGCAGUGGUCUGGCAGAAUUUGUCCAAUCUCUGAGAACAGCCAUCACACAUCUCCUGACAAAGCUCAACAUCCCCCUCUACAGGGCGUAUCAGUAUGGUGUCUACACGCAGGAGCUGCUGCAGUUUGGUGAGAACGUAUCCAUGCUGCUGCUUCUGCCCCCCAGUGAGGACUUCAGCUCCAGUUUCGGGCCUCUGGUGGGAACCAAGGAGCCUGGCCUCACCAUGCCUCUGCAGACAUUUGAGCUGGUCCACUUCUGGACGUAUGAGCGGGACUUCCUCAGCCAGUACUGCCAGGCCUGGGUGAGGCUGGAGCUGGACUCCCACCUGGCGCAGCAGGCUCAGCGUGAGGCUCUGGACCCCAAAGAGCUGCAGGAAGCUCGAGAGCACCUCAGAGACAUCACUGAGCUUUUCCGUUGUCUGGAGGUGGUGUGGAGGGGUGCCCGCUGGAUCAUGGACUGCCUGCAGUGUGUCCGGUCCAAGCAGUGGGUGGGGGCCGUGCCUCUAGGCCUGGUGAUGGGAGGAGACCCCCCACCGUGUCCUGACAGUGAAGAAGAAGAAAAGAGACGGACCACCAGGCUCAAAUGGGCCAGUCGGAUGCAAACACAAAGACCAGCGACAGAGAGUUCAGGCGGUGUAACUUUACCCCCCACUGCUGAGAUCAGCCCACAAAGAGUGGCAGUCGUCCCUGCAGAGGAGCGAGCUUUAAUGGAAGGUGUCGUUAAGGGAGGGUACCCUGCGGACCUCACCUGCGUCGUUCAGCCGGGCUGUGCGAGCUCUUUGCUUGAGUCUGGACUGGAGCCUGCUGCUGUCGCCCAGUUUGAAGCUGGGUAUUCCUGCAGCAGGGAGGCGGACUUCCCCCCCAGCAUUUCAGAGGUCAUCCAGCCGAUGGAGAUCGCCGAGCUGGCGGACAUCUUGCCCACGCUGAGUCUUAUUGAAGAGGAGUACUCUGCUGCUCCACCCUCACCGUCUGUAAUGGACAUGCUGGAGAACUUUGGACUGGGAAUUGGCGAGACCAACGUCUCGUUUGACUUCGGAGGCUCAAACUUGACGAGCGGGGUGGAAGCGCCACAAACACCAUUUGAGAAUGUGCUGAGGGGACAAGAUUCUGCGUCCUUCUGUAACUCUGUACAUUCUGGAGAUGAUGAGGCGCCUGCUCUGAGCUGCGAUGCAGACAAACUGGAGACGGACGGUCGAGGGCCACGUCUUCCAGUGAGAAGCCUGGUGGAGUGGGACAAACUCUCCAGCAGCUCAUCCUGA